GAGAUCCGUGCAGCUUAGCCCUCCUUCAGAGCUAACCAAAUUUGUUAGAGUGCUAUUUCAUACAUUCCUGGAAUUCAUAGGAAAACAAUACGUAGAGUUGGCCUUGGAUACUUGUUUAGAUCAAAUUGCGACGAUAGAUCCAAAAUCCGAGCCUGACUUCAAACCUUUUUCUGUGAUCAAGAAUUCACAUAGCAUUAUUCAUCUAUCUCAAAAUCAUUUCCAGGCAGCAAUCCUUCCCUUGGCUUCGUCAUCCUUGCCAAUACAUCGUGAUCUUACGUUCGAUAAAAAUAGAUUCAUGAUGGGCGUUGAAAAUAAGAUGAAUCUAGCUGUUCAGAGAACGAUCGAAGCCAUCAUCGCUAGACUGAACCAUUUGUUAUCACGCCAAAAAAAAGUUGACUUUCGACCCAAAGAUGAAGAUGACAACAUUGCGAAUCUAGCAACUGCGCCUUGCAAUGCUUGCGUCGAGUGUUUGAAGAAAGUUCAAACAAAUGCAUCUCAAUUACUUGAUGGGAAGAACUUGGAACAUUUCUUAACUGAAAUAGGAAUCGCAUUUUACAGCAUGUUACUCGAACAUUUUAAGAAGUUUAAUGUGAGCGCUGCUGGUGGCUUGGUUCUUAGAAAGGACAUCGCAAAAUACCAAGAAAAUAUUGCUUCGUUCAAAAUUCCUCAAUUGGAUGAGCGUUUUGAAAUGCUGAGACAACUUGGAAAUCUCUUUGUCGUGAAACCAGAAAUCCUUAAAUCUGUACUUAAUGAAGGCUAUCUUGCCAAGUUGGAUAUUAAAUACAUUCUUCCGUAUUUGCAAGUUCGUACAGAUUUUAAAUCAGCCGGGAUUGACACGCUCCUCGGUGCGACAGCAGAAACUGGAACUGGUGAAAGAAACUUCAACGAGAAAGCUAAAGCAAGACUUGCGGCGAUGGGGCUUAGUAUUGGACCUGCUAGUGGAAGGAAAUGGAUGACAUUAACUGAAUAG